ACUGAGGUUGUUUGCACCGUAGCCAGGAAAGAACCAAAGCUUCCUUAGCAUGAAGGAUGACAACGACUUUACAGCCGCUUAACUGUGACUUCGGACACAAACAGCGGAAAGUGGCUUUCUUUUCUCCUUCCCCUUGAUCAGCUUUCUAAAUAAGUGAUUUCCGGAGAUUUAGGAUGGCUCAUGCUGCUGUUACUUGUCUCAUCGAAACGAUAGAGCGUCUAGCGUGCUUCACUUGUCUUGCUUUUGAAAUUGAUCAUUUGCAAUUCCAGCUUAAUAAAAGCGUUGCAGGGACAACAGAACAGAUCACGAACUAUGCAGAAGGAUUUCGUAGACGUUUACCGCAGACAUUGGACUUGCAUUUUGAACAUUCUCGAGAUUGUGCUUUGAUGUAUGCACAUGAUGGGCGAAUAAAAAAGCUUAUCAAUAGAUUCCAGAGAAAACUUGGAAGUCCUUUAGAAUGGAAUCAAAUAGGUGACUAUGUAUCUUCAGAGUCUAAGCUACUUGUUUGUGAUAGUAUAACGUCUUGUUCUAUAAGUAAGCCUGCAUUUAGAUCCAUAAAACUGAAACAAGUGAUAUCUAGGGAAUUCUUUGAAAGACCGCCUGGCAAAAUAAUAUUUCUUGGCAAGUGUUUAAAUGAAUUCUUGCAGAACUGUCUAAAGGAUGCUGCUACUGUCUGCAAUGACCCAAAAAAGUUGGAAUGUCUGGAAGGACGUAUCGUGGAUGUGGCUUAUAGUACACAAGAUGUGAUUGAAGACUUCAUGUUCAAUACUUCUAUUGAGUCAAAGGUAAUGAACUAUGUCAUCUGUUUCUUGAACUCUGAUCCCAGAUCAUUUGCGGAGAGGCUCAGUUUUAAGUCAGAGGUGCAGCAUAUUUUUGACAAGAAGUAUGGCAUACAUCAAUGUUUACAGCAGACACUUGUAAGCAUUGAUUCCAUUGGGAGAGAACUUGGAAAUAUCUAUGUUGAUCCUCUCACAAGUGAAAAUGAGCAACUAGGAGGUGCAUCGGUGAAUGAUUCCUUUUCACCUAACCCAAAUCAGAGAAAUGAGGUGGUAGGCCUUGAUGAUGAUUGUCAAUCAAUUUUUGAUAGACUCAUAACUGUACCAUCUCGAUUAGAAAUAGUUGCAAUUGUGGGGAUGGGAGGCAUCGGUAAAACAACUCUUGCAAGAAGAGUUUUUGAUGACCUUUCUACUGUUUACAACUUUCAUGUUCGUGCCUGGGCAACAGUUUCUCAAGUUUUUCGAUUGAGAGAUGUGCUGCUAGCGCUUCUGUGCUCUACUACUCAUGUCACUGAUGAAAUAUACAGGAAGACUAAUGAGGAACUAGCUCAGGACCUGUAUAGAAGUUUAAAGGGUAAGAGAUAUCUUAUUGUAAUGGAUGAUAUAUGGAAUACCCUGGCUUGGGAUGAUGUCAAAUUAUGCUUUCCAGAUGACGAAAAUGCAAGUCGCGUUUUAGUGACAACUCGACUUUCUGAAGUGGCUCAUUGUGUGAAUCCCAACUCUACUCCUCACUUGAUGAAUCUCCUGGAUUUAGAUAACAGCUGGAAGCUUCUCCACGGAAUGGUGUUUGGGAAAGAAAGUUGCCCUCUUCACUUGGUUGAUAUUGGGAAAACGAUUGCCAGAAAAUGCCAGGGACUACCUCUUGCAAUCAUUGUUAUUGCUGGUCUUCUCUCUCGAAUCAGGAGAACAAGUGAUUGCUGGAAGAGUAUUGCAGAUAAUGUAAGUUCCGCUGUAAAUACUGAUUCAGAACAGUGCAUAGAAAUUCUUGCUUUGAGUUACAACUACUUACCUCAUCACCUGAAAGCUUGCUUCCUUUAUAUGGGAGCUUUCCCUGAAGAUGGUGAGAUUGAAGUUAAGAAAUUGAUACGCUUGUGGGUUGCCGAGGGCUUCUUGGAUAAACAAUUACCAAGACUUGCUGAACGAGCGGCUGCUGUUUUAAGUGAUCGAGAAGCAAUUGCAGAGAAUUUCUUGGAAGAUCUUAUUGGCAGAAACCUAGUUUUGGUUGCAAAGAGGAGCUUCAGUGGGAGAAACAAAACAUGUCGUAUCCAUGAUCUCUUGCGAGAGUUAUGCUUGAGAGAAGCUCAAAGAGAAAACUUUAUGUGUUUGAUAAAAAGGGACAUCCAUUGCCUUCCUGCAGGAAUAAAUAGACAACGGCGCAUUAGUUUCCACUCAGAAUUUUGUGGUGAUCUGCGAUCUGUUCCUGCAAUUCCACAUGUCCGGUCCUUUCUAAUGUUUAGUCUUGGUUUAGGCUUUCCAGCUGAUAUCUUCUUGCUUCAAUUGGGCUUCAAGUUGUUGAGAGUACUAGACAUAAUCUUUUUGCGUUCUGAACAUUUCCCCACUCAAAUACUAAAGUUGGUUCAUUUGAGGUACCUUGCACUCACUGCUACCUAUGAGCUUCCAGCAUCAAUAUCGAAACUUUGUAAUCUUCAAACUCUAAUCAUUCAUGGUCCAUGGAUCCUGAGUGAAAAUGGGGAAAGCCCAACAAUAUUUUUUGAAUACUGGAAUAUGCCAUGGCUGAGGCAUCUUGGAUUCACUGUUACUUGUUCUUUGUGUAUUCCUCCUAUUUCAGAGAACAACUAUCCCUAUCCAUUGGCUCCAAUCCUCCAAACACUAUCCACAAUAAGGCUUACUAGUUGCACCAGGGAAGUUUUUCGAAGUAUGCCAUAUCUUAGGAGGCUUGCAAUCUGUGAAACUAAAGAAGACCACAAUACCAAUGAAACCUCAAAAUACCUCAGCAGUCUAGUCCACUUGCCUUUACUUGAAGCAUUGAAAUGUUCCUUUUACAGAGACGCCAAACCAUGGAGAACGUUACCUUGGGAUGCUUUUCCAUCCAAUCUCAGGAAAUUGACUUUAAGUUGGAGCUAUCUUCCCUGGGAGGACAUGACCAAUAUUUCCAGGUUGCCAAAACUUGAGGUGCUCAAGUUGAGAAAUUAUGCUUUCCUUGGACCAGAGUGGGAACCACCUGAAGAUGGAUUUUUGCAUCUGAAGCAGCUGCUGAUUGAGAACAGUGAUUUAGUGCAGUGGAAUGCCUCCACCAUUCACUUUCCAAGCCUUGAUCACCUAGUUUUGGUUGCUUGUAGGUUCCUCGAGGAGAUCCCUGUCGAAAUAGGGGAAAUUCCUACCCUGCGGCUAUUGGAGUUGCACAACUGUAGUAAAUCUGCUGAGAUUUCUGCUAAAGAAAUUGGAGAACAAGUUGAAGGCCUUCAAGUUAUUAUCAGAAGUGAUCUGUAAAUAAGACACAUUCUUAAAUAUUUAAUACGAUUUUCAUUUUAAAUUGCAUAAUUGCACUUAUCAGUGUGUCUAAACUCUAACGCAUUGGCAUAUUAUGUAUGAGCAAGCUUCUGCUCUUUCCCAACACCACCUCCCACUUUUCUUGGAAUACCUUAUACCGCUCCUAUAGGCUACUGAUAUCCGACUGUUC